UGCAACUCCUUUUCUUCCGUUUCUUCCUCGUCACGGGUCAGCUCGCUUCGUAACUUGUUCCUCCACCGAGGCGGAGGGAAGCGCCGCCCAGAUCGCCGCAGCCGGAGACGGAAGCGAGCGCUCCAACACCGCGCGGGAGCGUUGUGCAAUCAGUCACUGAACCUGGCAAUAAAAGAUGGAGGGGCUGAGUCGGAGAACGGUGUGUUUAUUGGUGCUCUGCAUCUUGCCGUUCUUGCGCCCGGCCGCCGGCAUCCGCUUUGUGAUUGAUAGGGAGGAGUGCUUCUCGCAUAACGUGGACUACGAGGGGGAUACGGUCCAUGUAUCGUUCGUGGUGAUAAAGGCUGACACCCCGUGGCAUUAUAGCGAGGAAGGCGUGGAUCUUGUGGUUAAAGAUCCUAAUGGCGCUCAAGUCCGUGAUUCUCGCGAUAAGACUAGUGAUAAAUUUGAGUUCAUAGUCCAGAAGAGAGGUGUCCAUCGCUUCUGCUUCACCAAUAAAUCUCCGUAUCACGAAACCAUAGACUUUGAUGUGCAUGUUGGCCAUUUUUCAUACUUCGACCAGCAUGCCAAAGAUGAACAUUUUGCACCGUUGUUUGAACAAAUUGCAAAGUUAGAUGAGGCACUCUACAAUAUUCAGUUCGAACAGCACUGGCUAGAGGCCCAAACUGACCGACAAGCAAUAUUGAACGAAAACAUGAGCAGGAGGGCAUUACAUAAGGCGCUCCUCGAGUCAGCUGCGCUGAUCGCCGCCAGCGUCAUCCAAGUCUAUCUUUUGCGCCGGCUCUUUGAACGCAAGCUGGGGACAUCUAGGGUUUAAUGCUCUAGUAGCAGCACCUCGACAGCUCCCCUUGUAGUCAUGAUCCCAGCAUAACUGUUGAACUGAAUCGUAUGGUUGCUAGAUAUGCCGAUACUACUUGUUUGUGGAGUCGUUUUACAUGUAAUCUUUUGUGAGUCCAUAGAUGAAAAAUCUGGAAGUUAAAACUGUCGUUAGUACAUUGCAGUCUCCGUAUUACCUCCACAAUUUCGCUUCGUUA